UACGGUUAAAUUUAGAUGGCCGUAUUAGUCAAAAUCAAUCGAAGGUCAAACGUAUCAGAAUUUUUCUCCUUCGUUGCUCUGCCUCAACGAUAUUCUGAUCAGCAGCAAUCUCCGUCCCAAAAGCUUGAGUUCGGAAUCCAAUAUCUGAUGGAUGGUGGAACGCUCAACAUCAAGAAAUGGGUAGUGAUGUAUCCAGUCUACAUUAACUCAAAGAAAAGUGUUGCUGAAGGAAGGAGAAUCAGUUUGAGUAAAGCAUGUGAGAACCCUAACUGCAUUGAGAUUACUGAUUGUUGCAAGCAUUUGAAGCUCCCUAGUGCUGUCGAGAUUGACAAAGCGUACCCCCGUGAUUUCAUGCAAGUAGGAAGAGUGAGAGUGCAGUUGAAAAGGGAGGAUGGGACUUUACUCAAUCCUGCUAUUACUUCAAGGAAGCAACUGAUGCAGAAAAUUGCAGAUUUGGUACCUAGGCAUCCAGAGAGAGUGAAGAAGCAGGAAUCUCAGAAAGUGAAGAAGCAGGAACUUCAAGCCACAACUUUAACUGCUGGAACUUCUUCAAAGUCAGGCAAAGGUGGCAAGAAGAAGAGAUAAAACAAGUCCUCUCUAUCAUUCAUCUUCUCCAUGUCAUCAGAUUCUAUGGUUUUUAAUUUCCAACUCGUCAGAUGUAAAAGAUUUUGUUCAUUUUAUCAAUGACGGAUGACAACAAAAGAGACGGAAAACAUCGUCAGCUGUUGGUUUUUGCAUCAUGGACGUUUGUUUAAGUCAGGGAACACUGUUUAGUUUAA